AGAUCGAAAAGAAUGUGUUGCAUGGAAAAGUGAGAUGUCCAAGAUAUUAAGAAUGAGGGGAAGAAUCGACGAGGAAUCUAGACUAGAGAGGAAUAUAGAACAUCAAAUCAUGAAUGAAAAAGAAAAAGCGUGAGGAGAAUUCUCAACUAUAUAUGUUAGAAGGUGCAAAACUAAUAGGGGCCGGAGCUGCUACAAUUGCUUCAGCGGGAGCUGCUAUCGGUAUUGGAAACGUCCUUAGUUCCUCGAUUCAUUCCGUGGCUCGGAAUCCAUCAUUGGCUAAACAAUCAUUUGGUUAUGCCAUUUUGGGCUUUGCUCUAACCGAAGCUAUUGCAUCGUUUGCCCCAAUGAUGGCCUUUCUGAUCUCAUCCGUAUUCCGAUCAAAGAAUCAAAGAAAGAAGGUUUCAGUUUCAUAAAGCAAGCACCUCUUUCCAGCCUUAGUCAAAUAGCCACCGGAGGCAAGGGGGCACAGUUCUUAAACAGAAGAAUGGCGAGAAAGAGGAAAUGAUUCAAAUUCAAGAAAAAAAGAGUCGAAUUGGAAGUCAAGUAAGAAAGAAGGAUGCUAGCCCCCGAAAAUGCUCCGCGCCUAGGUUCUUUUGUCGUUGGGGCUUACAACUUGUGACUCAUUGAUUCGGUCGAGCGUUCCUCGGGCGUCGAUCAAUCCUCAAUCACAGGCCGCUCUGUCAUUUUCUGAUUUUUGGUUGUCUGAUCACACUCGAAAUUAUGUAUCUACUUAUCAUCUUUUUGCCCCUGCUCGGUAGUUCCGUAGCAGGUUUUUUCGGACGUUUUCUAGGAUCAGAAGGAACCGCUAUAAUGACCACUACGUGCAUUUCAUUCUCUUCGAUCUUAUCUUUGAUUGCUUUUUAUGAAGUCGCACCGGGAGCUAGUGCUUGCUAUCUAAGAAUAGCUCCAUGGAUCUCAUCGGAAAUGUUUGAUGCUUCUUGGGGCUUCUUUGGCGACCGUGAAGUCACCAGAUGAAUUGCCGAGUAGAUAGAUCAGAUCCGGACGCGGCUGUUGCUCCGCGGCGAUACGGACUCGACCCGCUCCUACCCACCCCGGGGCACCAUAGCAUGUCGGGAAUAAGGGGGGACAUACUGGACGUAACCACUCCCUUGGUUGGGGGCUGUGCCGCCCCGCCUUUCGAUCGAUACACAGUUGAGGAGGCCGAUCACGAACGCUAUAGGUGUCGGAGCGACCCUGGUCAGGGAAGGCUAAGACGGCGCCUCGCAUAUGGGUAGCAAGAGGGCGCUUAUGCCCCGACGGUGGGGCCUUAUGGGGAAGGGCCCAGCCCAAUAGGGACAGCACACCCCCCACUUCAAGCGCACCUCUGUAUCGACUGAAUCACUCUAAGGGUCUAAUCGGUGGAACCGGUGAACCACGCGAACUGGUUAGAUGCGUGGGGCAGAGGGCUCGUAGUACCCCCUUUUCUUGAUCCAGCCUUUUCUUAGCUUCGGUAGUGAAUCACCUACUAAAAAAAGGGGCAGGCCCGCACGCCUUAUUUGAGACUACUAAGGCAGGCGGUGGACUCUUUUAUUAGGGAAGGGAAGAAGGGGCCUAAGCACGGCAGAUGCCGUACACUUGAGUGGAAAAGGAAAGCGAGACCUUACCUCUUUUUCCAGGCCUGUUCGGACAUAAGGUUCCCCCGGAAGAUCAAGUUGAUGAGCCGUGUGAUGGGAAACCUUCCCGCACGGUUCGGAGAGCACUGAAUUAGAAUGAGAGGUUCACCACCACAUCAUUGCAUGCAAGGGGAGCUCGCUCGAUUCGCAGAUUGGUCCGACUCGUAAUUCACUUCUGACCCCGUGUUCGAUAGCCCGACCGUAGUGAUGUUAAUUGUGGUUACAUCCAUAAGUAGCUUGGUCCAUCUUUAUUCCAUUUCAUAUAUGUCUGAGGAUCCGCAUAGCCCUCGAUUUAUGUGUUAUUUAUCCAUUCCUAAUUUUUUUAUGCCAAUGUUGGUGACUGGAGAUAACUCUCUUCAAUUAUUCCUGGGAUGGGAGGGAGUAGGUCUUGCUUCAUAUUUGUUAAUUCAUUUCUGGUUUACAUGACUUCAGGCAGAUAAAGCAGCUAUAAAAGCUAUGCUUGUCAAUCGAGUAGGUGAUUUUGGAUUAGCUCCUGGGAUUUCGGGUUGUUUUACUCUCA